AUGCUGGUUCAAGGUGGUAAAAUCACCGGAAUUGGAUCAUACUGCGAGAUGAUAUCUCUGAAGCUGCCUUCUGAACUGGAGCAUCACGAUCUGCGGCAGAGAAUCGUCUUACCAGGCUUCAUUGACGGGCACAUGCACCUCCUACUCCUGGGUCAAUCCCUCUGCAAACUCGACCUGAAACACUGCAAGUCUUUGGAGGAUAUACGAUCGACUAUACGGACAUAUGCAGUGGCAAACCAUGAUGUUUCCACCAUCCUUUGCAAAAAUUGGUUCCACUCUAUGACACCAGACGGGGUAACAGCGGCUAUGUUAGAUGACAUUGAUCCGCGGCCCAUAUUCAUCGACAAUAGCUCUCAACACUCAUGUUGGUGCAGCACUGCCGCUUUGAACAGGCUUAAUGUUGCUAGCAUGCCGGAUCCAGCGGGCGGCAAAAUCUACCGCGAUGCAGACGGAAAACCUUCUGGCCUUCUUGAUGAAGGUGCCAUGAUGUCCAUUAUCUGGCCCUAUCAGGCUAUGUCAAGCCCCAAGGAAGAGCGAAUGAAAGCCAUCCGCGCAGCUAUACAGGAAUACACUGCUGCUGGUUAUACAGGGCUGGUAGAGAUGGCAAUGGAUGAGGAGGCAUGGGAUGCGCUGGUCACUCUUCGUGAAGAGGAGCCUAGCCUCCCGAUCCGGGUUGCGGCAUACUGGCUGAUAAAGCCCGCGGCAAGCAUCGACGAAAACUCUAAGCAAGUCCAACGAGCCAUUGAAUUGUCCAAACGCUACAACUCCACAAAAAGCCCUGAUCUCCGCAUCGUCGGUGUAAAGAUUAUCUGUGACGGGAUUAUUGAUGCCUGCACAGCCUACCUCUCAAAGCCAUACGUUGCGUUAGGGUCCCCUCCACCAAUUUGGAGCCUCGAGUAUCUGGUCCCGGUUAUUCAAGAAGCUGACGCCAGCCGCUUGCAAAUUGCUCUUCAUGCUAUAGGCGAUGAGGCUAUCAGGAUGGCUGUUACUGCAAUUGAGAAAAAUACCACGCCCGGAAGAAGACAUCGAAUUGAGCAUCUAGAGCUAGCGUCACCAGAGGAUGCCAAACGCCUCGGUGCCUUACGUUUGACAGCAUCAAUCCAGCCUGUACAUGCAGACCCUUCCAUUCUCACACGAUGGCCGUCGCUGCUAGGAGAGAAGCGCUGCCAACGCGCAUUUGCUUAUCGCGAAUUUGCAGAUGCAGGUGCUCUUAUGGCCAUCGGAAGUGACAGCCCCACAUCUCCAUGGGCUCCCAUGGAAAACCUCUACGUUGCAACUACGCGCCAUUCAUCGAGGGAUCCACAAUAUUCCAAGGCUGUGAACAAACAUUUCCGUCUCGGUAUGUGCGAGUCCAUCAUUGCUGCAUCCAAUGGAGCUGCCCGGAGCGUUUUUGCAGAAGACAGAGUGGGCACAUUGGUUCCUGGGAAGCUGGCGGACUUCAUCGUUGUGGAUAUGGCCUGGGAUGCAAACGCUCUCCUAAGUGCUACUGUUAAAGAGACUUGGUUUGGUGGGAAGAAGGUUUGGGGAUGA